CCGUAAGGUCCACCAAUAGUAGAGUUAGAGUUGUAACUUGUACAGUACAGGCAAGAGUGAGAAAUAGUGCAUCCAUUUUCAUCCCAGAAAAUGUACUAUCCUGUGAGGACGCGUGGUGGCGCUGCAGGAUAAGAAGGUACAAACCGGAACCGCAGCUGCGGCUCCAUGAACAGACCAAACUUCACCAGCAGAGCCUGGAAGCCCACUGGGAAGCUAGGGCGCCACAGGAGGAGGACUGGGUCCCCUAAAAAGGACUGCUCACUGGGAUAUUUCCGAGGCAUCCUGUGCAACACUCAGUCUCAGAUACGGAGUUCUGCACAGCUCCGCGGAACCACCUCGCCGGAGGCCGUGCCAAGCAAGCACAAUGGAGGCCAGCAGGAAGCCCAUUUGCAGACAAAGGCAAGUCCUAUUCCUUGUUCUCUUCUUGGGCGUAUCUCAGGCGGGCACUGAACCCAGGCGCUAUUCUGUGGUGGAGGAAACGGAGGGGAGCUCUUUUGUAACCAAUUUAGCAAAGGACCUGGGUCUGGGGCAGAGGGAACUCUCCAGGCGGGGGGCUAGGGUCAUUUCCAAAGGGAACAAACUGCAUCUGCAGCUGGAUCAGGCGACCGGGGAUUUGUUGCUAAAUGAGAAACUGGACCGCGAGGAACUGUGUGAUCACACAGAGCCCUGUGUGCUGCGUUUCCAGGUGUUGCUAGCGAAUCCCUUAGAGUUUUUUCAAGCUGAGCUGCAAGUAAUAGACAUAAAUGACCAUGCUCCGGUGUUUGUGGAAAGAGACAUGGUGCUGAAAAUAUCGGAGAGCAGUCCUCCUGGAACUGCAUUUCCUCUGAAGAACGCUCAGGACGAAGAUGUAGGCCGGAAUAAUAUUGAGAACUAUGUAAUCAAUGCCAACUCCUAUUUCCGGGUCCUCACCCGAGAACGAAGCAGCGAUGGAAGGAAAUAUCCCGAGCUGGUGCUGGACAAAGCGCUGGAUCGGGAGGAGGAACCUGAGCUCAGGUUAACCCUCACAGCGCUGGAUGGCGGCUCUCCGCCGCAGUCUGGCACCGCUCAGGUCUACAUUGAAGUCGUGGACAUCAACGAUAAUGCCCCUGAAUUUGAGCAGCCGUUCUAUAGGGUACAGGUCCCGGAGGACAGUCCCAUAGGUUUCCUGAUUGUCACGGUCUCUGCUACGGAUGUAGACAUAGGAGUCAAUGGGGAGAUUUCCUAUUCACUUUUCCAGGCUCCAGAAGAGAUUAGGAAAACCUUUGAGCUCAACCCCCUGACAGGAGAUAUUCGACUGAAAAGACAACUUGAUUUCGAAGCUAUUCAGUCCUAUGAGGUCAUUGUUGAGGCUAAAGAUGCCGGAAGCUUGUCUGGAAAAUGCACCGUUCUGACUCAGGACCUGGAUGUGAACGACAAUGCCCCAGAAGUCACCAUGUCCGCACUUACCAGGCAGAUCCCUGAGAAUUCACCGGAGACGGUGGUUGCCCUGUUCAGUGUUUCUGAUCUUGAUUCUGAAGAAAACGGGAAAAUAAAUUGCUCCAUUCAGGACAAUCUACCCUUUCUCCUAAAAUCUUCCUUGGAAAACUUCUAUACCCUGGUAACAGAGGGACCGCUGGACAGAGAGACCACGGCCGAAUACAACGUCACCAUCACGGUCACCGACUUGGGGACCCCCAGGCUGACAACCCAGCACAACAUCACCCUGCUGGUCUCCGACGUCAACGACAACGCCCCCGCCUUCACCCAAACCGCCUACACCCUGUUCCUCCGCGAGAACAACAGCCCCGCCCUGCACAUCGGCAGCGUCAGCGCCACAGACAGCGACGCGGGCGCCAACGCCCAGCUCACCUACUCGCUGCUGCCGCCCCACGACCCGCGCCUGCCCCUGGCCCCGCUCCUUGGCGUGUGGGCGCACAAUGGCGAGGUGCGCACGGCGCGGCUGCUGAGCGAGCGCGACGCGGCCCGGCACCGGCUGCUGGUGCUGGUCAGGGACCAUGGCGAGCCCGCGCUGUCGGCCAGCGUCACGCUGCACGUGCUGCUGGUGGACGGCUUCUCGCAGCCCCACCUGCCGCUGCCCGAAGCGGCGGCCGACCCGGCGCCGGCCGACCCGCUGACCGUGCACCUGGUCAUCGCGCUGGCGGCGGUGUCGUCGCUGUUCCUGUUCUCGGUGCUGGCGUUCAUCGCGGUGCGGCUGUGCAGGCGGAGCAGGGCCGCCUGGGUGGGUGGCUGUUCGGUGCCCGAGGGCCCCUUUCCGGGCCGCCUGGUGGACGUCAGCGGCACCGGGACCCUGUCCCAGAGCUACCAGUAUGAGGUGUGUCUGACGGGAGGCUCAGGGACCAGCGAGUUCAAGUUUCUGAAGCCGAUUAUGCCCAAUUCCCAGGGCCAGUACGCUGGGGCAGAAGUAGAAGAAAACCCUGACUCCAAGAAUGACUUUAGUUUUAGUAUUCAGUGACCAUAAUUGUUUAUCUUAUUCCAGCUACUUCAAUUGGUAAAUUCAAGGUGAUGACUUAUUUUUGGCACCUAUUAUGAAUUUUUAUAUUAUACUAAGCUUCCUUGCAAAUUCUUACAUUAUUCCUUUCUUUUAAAUAAUGGUAUCUUAUCAUUUCUUCAUUACUAUAAAAGAUGAGUGGUCCUAAAACUUGCCUCUCAAAAACUGAUGAAGUUAAUAAUUGUACAAAUCUUUGUUUCUGGGAUAACUUUAGAAUGUAUUAGGAAACAACAGUGAAACGUUAAUUCUAUAUAUAUAUAAUUGACUGUGUUUUCUUGAGAUUUUUUUGUUUUUAUUAGUUUUUUUUAUUGGUUAUAUAAGAGAAGUAAUGCACUAACACUCACGGGGAAGUAUGCCUAACCAGGAAGGAAAGAGAACUGGCACCAUGAGAAUUUGGCUCAUUUUAUCCUGCUCUACUAGUACUAUCUUUGAUAUUGUUUUCUCUUAAAAUGUUAUAUUUACUAUGCUUCCUUUCAUUAAUAUACCUCCGUUAGUUUUAAUUUCAUUAUUUUAAUUACUUUUCAUUUUGUUUUAUUGAUGUUCAAAGGAGAGGGAAAGCCACGCAGUGUUUAUCCAGUGAGAUGAAAUAGCAAAGCAGCAAAUUUGGCUUUUCUCAUUUGAGAAACAUUGAGUAGCCAUGACAAAAAAAUACACUGGCCAGCCAAUAUCCAUUCAUUUUGUCUAGUUUCUAACAGAUCCUAAAUUCCACUUAGGACAUUAGUUUGCUUAUUCAAAAGAAUACAUUUGGCCAACCUCCUUGGCAGGUACAAUGGAGCAUUUGACGAGGUUUUAGUCAAUGAGAUGUAUAUACAAAUGUUGUAGAAGACUUGUAAGAAAGCUGUUUAAAGGAAGAUGAGUCAUUUGGGAAGGGGUCCCUUUUGUCCUCCUCUAGUCCUUGCAUCUUAGAAUGCGUAAGUCAUGGUUGGAACACAGUCAGCCAUGUUGGAUCAUAAAGCAACAAUAAGAAUGGAAAUAAUGAAUGAAGACAGUCAGUAUAGAAUAAACUUUAAGGAGAUGAGGGUCCCUGAUGAUCACAGAGCCAUUAUGUCAUCCUUGGAAUGCCUGCUUCUGAACUUUUUUUUUUACUUGAGAAAUAAAGGCACUUCUAUCUCAUUUAAGCUACCAUCAUCAUUUUAGUUUUGUGGUACCUCCAGUGAAAUCCAACCCUAAUGCUUUAACAUUAAGAUUUUUCAUUAAAACAUUAUAUAAUAAGUUUUAUUAUAUAAAUAAAUAUACGCACAGAUAUUAAUUGUAUAGUCUGAGCUAACCGAUCUGUUUUAGGUUCUUAAUUUUGAAUUUUAAUUUAAUUAAAAGUAACGUAUAGAGUGCUUUACACGAAUUAUCUUUUUAAUCUUCUACCAAACCUUAAGGCAUUUGGCAUAUUGUCCCCUCCUUUACAUAUGAGAAGCUGAAGCUAAGAAAAGUUAAGUAACUUGGUCACAAGUCUGAGUAAUAAAAGAAAAAUUUUUAAAUAUAUUCUAAGUCUACUUGAAUUGAAUGCCCCA